AUGUCCCAGCCCGAGGAUCGCAGGAAGCGGCCUGGGACCCUGCAGCCUCCCGUGCGCAGCAUCCGGUCCUUUAAGUCCAGCGAGCACUACCUGGAGGCCAUGAAGGAAGACUUGGCUGAGUGGCUUCGGGAUCUGUAUGGGCUGGACAUCGACGCAGCCAACUUCCUGCAAGUGCUGGAGACAGGCCUGGUCCUGUGCCGGCACGCCAAUGCCAUCACCGAGGCUGCGCUGGCCUUUGUGGCUCGGGCUCCUGGCGAAGCCCACAGACUUCCUGUACCCCAGGCCGGUGUUGCCUAUAAUGGGGCUGCCCAGCCAGGCACCUUCCAGGCCAGGGACAACGUCUCCAACUUCAUCCAGUGGUGUCGCAAGGAGAUGGGAAUCCAAGAGGUGCUGAUGUUCGAGACCGAAGACCUGGUGCUGCGCAAGAACGUCAAGAGCGUGGUGCUGUGCCUGCUGGAGCUGGGCCGCCGCGCCUGGCGCUUUGGCGUGGCCGCGCCCGCCUUGGUGCAGCUGGAGGCCGAGAUCGAUGAGGAGCUGCGGCGGGAGCGAGCCCUGCCCACAGCCCACCCGCCGCCCGCGCCCCGGCCCUGCCACCUCCGCAACCUGGACCACGUGGUGCAGAGCCUCGUGAGCCGCUGCACAUGCCCAGUGCAGUUCUCCAUGGUCAAGGUGUCGGAGGGCAAGUACCAAGUGGGGGACUCCAACACCGUCAUCUUCAUCCGUAUCCUGCGGGACCACGUGAUGGUGCGUGUCGGGGGCGGCUGGGACACACUCGGCCAUUACCUGGACAAGCAUGACCCCUGCCGCUGUACCUCCCUCUCGCACAAGCCGGGCAGCUCCUUGAAGCCCCCCACGCCCCCGGUGCAGCAUGAGGUGAAGCUGUUGGAUGGCCCCUCACAGCCCCAGCCCACGAUGACCAUCAGCCGCUCUCAGAGCCCACUGCCUGCUGUGGACUGGAAGACGUACACAGCUGCAGGCCGGAAGCUGAGGCCCCCAGCAUCCUCCUCCCCCAGGCCCUGUGGUGAACAAGGAGCAGCAGCGGGGGUCUUCAGAGAGAUGGUGCCGGUCCUGAGGUCCCAGGAGACAGCAGGCAUCCCGUCCCGGACCCAGCUGGCUUCCGCCCCACCGUACACCUCGCUUGGGAGGACAGAGCAUUGCUCGCCCGCACUCCCCAGAGGACAGGCUCCCACUCCUUGGGUUCCUGAGGAGACAUCCAGUGGGGGAACUCAUGCCAGGGCACCCACGCCCCAGACACUCCGUGUCCCUCAGGCCAUUGCCAAGGGGGCGUCAGCAAAAGGACCGUCUCCCCUGCUUCGUGCCUCGAAUUCAGCCAAGUCCCUCGAGGGACUCAAGCCGCCCCUGGAGGGAGAGACCAGGGGUCCUUCCCUGCCCCCCAGGAAGCCAUCUGCUGUCAAAAAACUCACCAGGAUCCCUGGCUGGCUGCCUGCAACCCACCCCCCGACAACAGGCAGUGCAGGCGGAGGUCCUGCUACAGAGCGAGGGAGAGGCCCUUUCCCAUUAAGGGCCGCUGUGGGAGACCCGUCUGGGACCAGUCAUGGGGACUGCUCAAUAGGGGAGCACAAACCACACACCUGUGUCACAGCAAAUGCUGGGGACCCCCAGAAGGACAGGACCGAGGGGUUGCUCACCAUCCACCAUGACCUCAACCAGGAGAUUGUGGCCAACAUGAAGCUACUAGCAGUGGGGAGCGCAGGGCCUCAGGGCAUCCCUCGCAGUGGAGUCUACGUCCCCAGCCUGGGCCCACGAUGGCCUGAGCCUGGCGGUCUUUAUGACAAAGUCAUUCAAGAGCUGGCUCAGGGUCCCCCAGCACUCCUGAAGGUAGACUUGGAGGCCUGGAAGGCAGCCCCUACCAGUUCCCCCAAACCAGCUGUUCCUGCAGGCCCAGGUGGCCCUGAAGAGAAGCUGGGAGCCAGACAAAGUGGACCAAGGACAAGUGUCAGUGCCAAGAGUACAAGGAUGGGGACGGGACCACCUGCCGGAGGGCAGGACCGAUCAGCCGCCAUGCUGUCUGCCAGCCCGGAAGCCACGAUGCCUUCACCCUUGGACUUGGGUUCUGACACAACCAAAGCACACCCAGUCAAGGUCAGGAGAACACUCCGGAAACCCCAGAGGGUGCCGUCCAUCUACAAGCUGAAGUUAAGGCCCAGGAUCCGGCCCCGGAGAGACCACAGGCCUGGGAAGCGGCCCUCACGAAUCCCCAAGCCCCUGGCCCACCUCUCCUCCAGCCCAGCCAGGCUGCCCCACAGGGGCAGGUUGCUGAGGGCUGCUCCGGGCAGUAAGGGAGAGCAGGUGUCCCUGGUGGAUGGAGCUUCGGCGGCUGAACACAAGGGAGAGGAAAAGAAGCAGGGUAGACCCCAACUUUCCAAGGGCCCGGGGCCUCUGCAGCCUCAGCCAGCCCCACUCCCACUGGAAGAAGAAUCCUGGGUGUGA